AUAAAUGUAUGCGUAUCAGUGUGCCUCUACUUGUGGCAAACAAGGAAUCAACUUGACAUAUUUAUGCAUUAGUAAAUACUAAUGCAUAACCUGGGAACAUUUCUACAUUAGAUAAAUAUGACUUUUAAACGAAACGGAACGCUUUUAUUACAUUGAUUGAAAAAUAGUCGUUUAGAAAAUAAAUUUUAAAGAUUUUUUUGCAUGUAAAAUAUUUUUUUUGCGUAGUUACACGAGGAAAAGGUAAUAAUACAGACGAGGCGUGGGCAGCGAAUUUUUGAGACCGAAACCGGCCUUCGUUGAAGCCGGGCGCUCAAGUUGGGAAGGACCGCGGCGCCAUGGCGGUAAACUUGGACAAGGAAGCCUAUUACCGCAGGAUCAAGCGGCUGUACGCCAACUGGAAGAAAGGUGAAGAUGAGUUCGGUAAAGUUGAUGCCAUGGUGGUGUCGGUGGGAGUUGACGAGGAGAUCGUCUACGCCAAGUCAACUGCCCUGCAGACUUGGCUCUUUGGCUACGAGCUCACGGACACCAUUAUGGUUUUCUGUGAGACGAAGAUCCUUUUCUUGGCCAGCAAGAAGAAGGUGGAAUUCCUGAAGCAGCUCACCGUGACCAAGGGCAACGAGAACGCCAACGGCGUCCCGCCAAUAACCCUGCUCGUUCGCGAGAAGAAUGAAAGCAACAAGGCCAACUUUGACAAGAUGUUGGAGGCCAUUCACGCGAGCAAGGAGGGCAAGACGAUUGGGGUCUUCAUCAAGGACAAGUUCCCUGGAGAGUACAUGAAGAGCUGGAAUGACAUGAUCACUGCGGAUGGCCUGGAGAAGGUUGAUAUCAGCGCAGUGGUAGCCUACACCAUGGCUGUGAAGGAGGAUAUAGAGCUUGCUUUGAUGAGAAAGGCUGCGGGCAUCACCACUGAGGUCUUCACAAAGUUCUUCAAGGAACGGGUGAUGGAGAUUGUGGAUGCAGACGAGAAAGUGCGUCACAGCAAACUAGCGGAGUCUGUGGAGAAGGCUAUUGAAGAGAAGAAGUAUCUUGGUGGGGCUGACCCUUCCACUGUAGAGAUGUGCUAUCCCCCCAUCAUCCAGAGUGGAGGAAACUACAACCUCAAGUUCAGUGUGGUCAGUGACAAGAACCACAUGCACUUUGGUGCAAUUACAUGUGCAAUGGGAAUCAGAUACAAGUCCUACUGUUCCAACUUGGUACGCACACUGAUGGUGGACCCACCCCAGGAAAUGCAAGAUAACUACAACUUUCUUCUGCAAGUAGAGGAGACGCUGCUCAAGGAGCUGAAGCAUGGUGUGAAGUUCUGUGAUGCCUACAGUGCUGUGGUGGACAUGGUGAAGAAGGAGAAACCAGAAAUGGUGGCUAAGCUCACCAAGAAUUUGGGGUUUGUAAUGGGGAUUGAGUUUCGGGAGGGGUCCCUCGUCCUCAAUGGCAAGAAUCAGUACAAACUUAAGAAAGGCAUGGUGUUGAGUGUAAGUCUGGGAUUGUCCGACCUAAUCAACAGAGAAGGAAAGAAGGAGGAACAGAAGAAGUAUGCUCUAUUCAUUGGAGAUACAGUACAGAUCAAUGAGGAUGAGUCUGCUACAGUUCUCACUGCAGCAAAAAAGAAGAUCAAGAAUGUGGGCAUCUUCUUAAAGAAUGAGGAUGAAGAAGAGGAUGAAGAAGAUGAAGACAAUGCGGAAGAACUUCUUGGCAGGGGAGCCAGGGUUGCCCUACUUGCAGACAGAACUCGGAACGAGAUGACUUCUGAGGAGAAAAGGCGAGCGCACCAGAAGGAGCUUGCCAGUCAGGUAAAUGAGGAGGCCAAGCGGCGUCUGACAGAGCAGAAGGGAGAACAGCAGAUUCAAAAGGCACGGAAGUCCAACGUCUCCUACAAGAAUGUUUCCCAGAUGCCGCGGGAGAGAGAGAUUCGGGAAAUGAAGCUUUUCAUUGAUAAGAAAUACGAAACAGUGGUCAUGCCCGUCUUUGGCAUUCCCACCCCUUUCCACAUUGCUACCAUCAAGAACAUUAGCAUGUCUGUGGAGGGAGACUACACCUACCUAAGGAUCAACUUCUACGUACCUGGUAGCUCUCUUGGCCGCCAUGAAGGCAACAUCUUUCCUAACCCGGAGGCUACCUUUGUCAAGGAGAUCACGUAUCGGGCCUCUAACCUGAAAGCUCCUGGGGACACAUCCGUGCCCUCCACCAACCUGCAGAAUGCUUUCCGCAUUAUCAAGGAAGUGCAGAAGCGCUACAAGACCCGUGAAGCAGAGGAGAAGGAAAAGGAGGGUAUUGUCAAGCAGGACUCGCUGGUGAUCAACUUGAACCGCAGCAACCCCAAGCUCAAGGACCUGUACAUCAGGCCCAAUAUUGCUCAGAAAAGGAUGCAGGGAUCACUGGAGGCACAUACCAAUGGGUUCCGUUUCACCUCUGUGCGUGGAGAUAAGGUGGAUAUCCUCUACAACAACAUCAAACAUGCAAUCUUCCAGCCCUGUGAUGGGGAAAUGAUCAUUGUCCUACACUUUCAUCUCAAGAAUGCCAUCAUGUUUGGGAAGAAGCGCCACACAGACGUGCAGUUCUACACGGAGGUGGGCGAGAUCACCACAGACCUGGGCAAGCACCAGCACAUGCACGACCGCGAUGACCUCUACGCCGAGCAGAUGGAGAGGGAGAUGAGGCACAAGCUCAAAUCCGCCUUCAAGAACUUCAUUGAAAAGGUUGAGAAUCUUACAAAGGAGGACCUGGAAUUUGAAGUUCCCUUCAGGGACCUUGGGUUUCAGGGCGCCCCCUACAGGAGCACCUGUCUGCUGCAACCCACUUCUAGUGCCCUUUGCAAUGUCACUGAGUGGCCUCCCUUUGUUGUGACUCUGGAUGAGGUGGAGCUGGUGCACUUUGAGCGAGUGCAGUUCCACCUGAAGAAUUUUGAUGUGGUGAUUGUCUAUAAGGACUACAACAAGAAGGUCACCAUGAUCAACGCUGUACCUGUCAACUCGCUGGAUCCAAUCAAAGAGUGGCUGAAUUCUUGUGACAUCAAGUACACAGAGGGUGUUCAGUCUCUGAAUUGGACCAAAAUCAUGAAGACUAUUGUAGAUGACCCAGAAGGCUUCUUCGAGCAGGGUGGCUGGUCAUUCCUGGAUCCCGAAAGUGAGGGGAGUGGGGAAGAAGGAGAUGACUCGCAGUCAGAGAUGGAAGAUGAAACAUUCAAUCCCUCUGCAGAGGAGGAAGAAGAAGAAGAAGAAGACAGUGAUGAAGACUAUUCUUCAGAAACUGAGGAUUCUGACUAUAGUGCAUCUCUGGGCAGUGAGGAGGAGAGUGGCAAGGACUGGGAUGAGUUGGAGGAGGAGGCACGGAAGGCGGACAGAGAGAGUCAUUAUGAGGAUGCAGACGAGAGCUCGAACCGGAAGAGGAAAGGACGGUCAUCUGCUCCGCCUCCCAGCAGCAAGAAGAAGAGGCGGCACUAACUGUGUUAAGGCAGCACACCACACUGAACCUGUACAUAAACACAAACCUAGUCAUCUUUUGAAUAUACGGCACCUGCCAUAUUCCACACACACUCACACAAGUUCUUACAUAAUGUGUACACACAGUACAUUUUACAGAGCUGUUACCGAUGUAUACAAAAAUCCAAAAUUCCAUUUCAUCCUCUGAUUCUCCUCAUUCCUUUGUCUUUUUGCCCCUCUCUUUAGAGCUAGAGAGCAGUUCAAGGUUAACUGGUUGUCUAACUGGCAAAGAUAAAGUUUGUUCUUCAGGGCUGAGUUUGUUUUUUUUUUUUUUUUUUUAUUUGCUUUUGUUUUCAGGUAAUUGUAAAAGUAUAUGUGCGUGUGUGUUGUGGGAAGUGUCCGUCUUAGGUUCAUGGUGGGGCUCUGCCUUUUGUUCUUGUCGGACAUUACAUAGACUUGCUGCAGGUAUGCAAGUCUAUUGUAGUUGGUCCAUAGCCCUAAUGUUACACUUCCUCUCUUCAGUUAAUUGGACUUAGACGCUCCUAGAUUUCUUUUUUUUCCCUUCUCCCAAAGAUCACAAACACCCACUGACCACCCCAGAGCUGAAGGCAUCUUGCUACAAGAGUUGUUGAACAACAGAUGUCUGAAAAAAGCAGCAGGACAAAAAAAAGCAAUGAGUUUGGAAGUAUGUAUAGCCCCAGAGGAGACAUACUCCCUCAUAUGUCAUAACCCUCUUACUGCACACAUACAGACUCGCGGACUUUGUUGCUCUCUUCUCUAUAUUCAUACAAGAUCGGUGGACUGUUGCGCGUCUAACUCAUAGCCUGGUUAUUUUUGUUUUUUGUAAUAAAAAGGGGAAAAAUAUUUGUCAUAUAUGGUUGUAUUUUUAUUAUGAUCUUGUAGGGUUGUCAUAAAAUGCUUCAUGCAGUGAAGAGAAUCUUUGAAUUGCAUAUGGCAGUAAAUAGGCUUAUUUCUCUUCAUGAGAAUUCUGGGUUGAAAAGAAAAGAAUGGUCUUAAUGCUGUGAGGAAAUGUAUAUACUUGUAGUAAAAAACAAAUAGAACAACUAUGUUCUGUAGAACUCAGGUAUCAUUUGCAAGUACUAUUGUAAUUUCAAAUCAUUAAAACUGAA